GAUGUGCCCCCAUCACUGACCUUCAGAAGAAGCAAAUUGGAGAGCUGUGUACACGAAGGCUUCAAAGAAUGCCUGUGCAGUAUAUCAUCGGUGAAUGGGAUUUCCAAGGCCUUACUCUCAAGAUGGCGCCUCCAGUCUUCAUCCCACGACCUGAGACAGAGGAGCUGGUCAACUUAGUCCUUCACGAGGAAUCCCAGAGAUGCCAAGAAUCCAGAGGAAAAGGAACUCUAGCCCGUCAACCCCACUCCUGCCCACUCAUCCUGGAUGUGUGCUGCGGCUCCGGGGCAAUCGCCCUCAGCCUCCUGAGCAAGCUGACCCAGAGCCGUGUGGUUGCAGUGGACAAAGGGGAAGAGGCCGUACAGCUCACCAGAGAGAAUGCUCAGAGGCUCCACCUAGAAGAUAGGAUCCAGAUUGUCCGCCAUGAUAUCACCUCUGGAGUGAACAGGGAGCAGCUACUUCCAUGGGGACCAGUAGACUUUGUGGUCAGCAAUCCCCCAUACAUCUUCCAUUGUGACAUGGUGCAGCUGGCCCCAGAGAUCCUCAGCUAUGAAGAUACUGACAGUCUGGAUGGAGGAGAGAAUGGCAUGAGGGUGAUAAGAGAGAUCCUGUCCCAGGCUCCCGUGCUGCUGAAAGACUCAGGAAGCAUCUUCCUAGAAGUUGACCCUCGGCACCCAGAGCUAGUUGGGAAAUGGUUACAAAGCCAGCCUGACCUGGGUCUCUCUCUCUCAGCUACACAUGUUGACUUCUGUGGCAAACCCAGGUUCCUACACAUCCACAAGUUGAGAGGUUCUGGCAGUAGGUGCACCCAGAAUGUGUGAAACCUCUAGUUCGUGGGAGAUUCUAGAAAAUCCAUCUUUCUAGAAUGCCGACGAUGCAACAAGAAGCCAAAUUGUCCUUCCAGGAUUGGAAACCUAGACUCCAGGAGUGCGGGGAUGGAAGCUAUAAUGAUGAUAUUAGAAACUAGGUAUUGUUAUAUUAGUUUAGAGAUAAGAAGUAAAGAAGCUUGUUUGAGAAAGAGUUGGAGUUUGAAGCAGAAAUUAGAACCAAGAAUGGUUUCACUUGGACCUCUAAAUGUAGAAUACUCUUUUCUUUUAAUGCCAAAUUCCCCAGGGAAUCUAGUGGGUAGGGAUCUUCUUUGUAAAUUGAGAGCAACCAUAGUAUGUACACUAACUGGAGAUAUUUCUUUGAAACACCCAGAAGAAUCCCUUAACCUUUUCCCCUGUAUUAUUCCUGGAUACAGUACUAUCAGAGGGGGGAAGGGAAUAACACCUAUCAGAUACCAGAUGAUAUUCCAAAAGGCUUAUGGGCUACAGAUUCCACAAAUGUAAGUUUAUUAAAAUCAGCAACCCCUGUUAAAGUGCUGACUAAAGGAGAUCCAUCACCAUACAUUCCACAGUACCCACUUAGUAAAGAGGCCAUUGAUGGGAUCACCCCAAUAAUAAAUUCAUUAUUACAGCAAGGCAUAAUAAUACCAUGCAUCUCUUAAUAACACCCCAAUUUUACCGGUUAAAAAGACCUAAGCUAGAUGCCAAAGGAUGAAUAGUCUAUUGAUUCAUUCAAGAUUUAAGAGCUAUGAAUGAUCAUGUGGUAAAAUCUUACCCAGUUGUACCAAGUCGUGCUACCAUCAUUUCCUCUAUCCCAAAUCAGGCAAAAUAUUUUACUGUGGUUGAUUUA